CAGUCAUUGCCAAGAAGAACAUUUCUCUAGUGGUGUGCCCUCCCCAUCUCCCACAGGCGGGUAUAUGAAUAAUGCAACAGGGGAGGGGUGGAGGACACACUGUGUGUGCAAAAAAAGAGGUGUAGUUCCUCCUUUCUCCCUCUCCUCCCUCACUCUCUUUCCAUUCUCCUCCCCUCCCGUGUUCACCCAACCCCCCUAACAGGCGGCCGCACUGCAGAAGGUCAGAGGGAGAAGAAGAGGAGUGAGGCAGAGGGAGACACGGGGUGGGCCGACUGGAUGUAUACGAACAUGCCGACGGGAGAGCGUGUGCACGAGCCAUGACAACCAUGCUGAGCCCAAAGAUCAGACAGACCAGGAGAGCCAGGUCAAAGAGCAUGGUGAUGGGAGAGGUGUCACGAGGCUCUUGCCGGCCGGGUUCCCCUAGCCUCCAGGAGGGGGCGCUGAAGACCGGAUGGCUGAAGAAGCAGCGCAGUAUCAUGAAGAAUUGGCAGCUUCGAUGGUUUGUGCUGCGCUCAGACCAGCUCUAUUUCUACAAAGACGAAGAAGAAACCAAACCACAGGGUGUUAUACCUCUGCAGGGAUGCCAGGUGAACGAGCUCACAGCAAACCCAGAUGAACCAGGAAGACACCUGUUUGAGAUCAUACCAGGUGGGUCAGGAGAGAAAGACCGGGUUCCCAUGAGCCAUGAAUCCAUUCUGCUGAUGGCAAACUCCCAGACAGACAUGGAUGACUGGGUGAAGGCCAUACGACGGGUCAUCUGGGCUCCAUUUGGAGGAGGUAUUUUCGGCCAGCGUUUGGAAGACACGGUGCAGUAUGAGAAAAAGUUCGGCCCCCGCCUGGUCCCCCUGUUGGUAGAGCAGUGUGUGGACUUCAUCAGAGAGAGGGGUCUGGAUGAGGAGGGUCUCUUCAGGAUGCCAGGGCAGGCCAACCUUGUCAAAAAACUCCAGGAGGCCUUUGACUGUGGAGACAAGCCUUUGUUUGACAGUAAUACAGACGUCCACACGGUGGCAUCCUUGUUAAAGUUGUACCUGAGAGAGCUGCCUGAACCAGUUAUUCCCUUCUCCAAAUAUGAAGACUUCCUCACCUGCGCACAGCUUUUAGCCAAAGAUGAAGAAGAGGGGAUCCAGAAGCUUGGAAAACAAGUAAACACUCUACCUCUACCUAACUACAACCUCCUCAACUACAUAUGCAAGUUUCUUGAUGAGGUUCAGUCCCACUGCAACGAGAACAAGAUGAGUGUCCAGAACCUGGCCACAGUAUUUGGACCAAAUAUCCUCCGACCCAAGAUGGAGGACCCUGUAACUCUAAUGGAAGGAACUUCUCUAGUCCAGCACCUAAUGAUGGUCCUCAUCAGGGAACACAAGCGUCUGUUCUCAGGGAGGGACCAAGAGGGACCCCUUUUACCCCAAACUGAGAUACCUAUCCAGGGGCAUCAGCUCCAACAUCGCAGCUUGGGAGCCUGGAUCUCCGAGGAGGACCUACAAAGCGCUCCUGUUUCCAACUCUGACCAAGAACUUCAUAGCAGUGCCUCAUCUCUGGAUGUAAAGCUGUGCACAGCCAUCACUCCCACCCAGACCUCAAACCCUGGACCAAAACUUGGGUCUGGGGCGAGUAAAGGAGAGAUGGUGGUCAGCCCAAGUAAGCAAGCCAAGGCCAUACCUUCUUGGAAAUACACAUUUAAAAGCUCCUCAGCUCCUCGCUCUCAGACACAAGCUAAACAAAGCACCACAGCUGGAGCGGUGGCAGAAACUACCAACGUGUCUACUGGUGGGGGUGGGAAUGGAGGCAACUGGCUCAUGAAUGGCUUGUCAUCCUUAAGGGGGCAUCGCCGCACAUCAUCAGGUGAACGAUCUGCCCGUGAUCGUGACUCCACGGGUUCCUCCCAGAGACUGUCCACCUAUGACAAUGUCACCUCUUCCAGCCUGGGGAGCGUUGCCAGCGUUUCCAGCACACCGUGGUCCACUUCCUCAUGUGAAAUCUCUGUGCUCGAUUCAAGCGUUGAGCCUUCAGCACUCCAGAAUUUUGGAGGUGCGGUAGAGGAUGAUGAGAAGGCAGAGUGGAUAGAGAGCCAGCACGAGCCAGAGAGAGAAGGGGAUGGUGGGAUAACGACCCAGCCAAGCUCAGAGCAGGACAGCUAUGAAGCCAUGGAGCUUUGCAGCAGCGCUGCCUGCAGCGAGAACGAAAACCUACCAGCAGCAGCUGGGGUGCCAUCCAUCAUUAUGACAGAAGACGGGGAUGGGACAAACCUAACUCUGAGCAGUCUGACGGAGGGACUGAAGGACGAGCUAAAAAAACAGAAGUCCACGUAUGAGGCCAGGAUUCAAAAGCUGGAGGAAUCCAGUGCUGCUCUGAGUGCCCAGAUGCAACGCCUAGAGCAAGAAAUGGAACAAGAGAAGAAGAAGCAGCGCAUGCUGGAGAUCAAACUGAGAAACUCUGAGCGGGCAAGAGAAGAUGCUGAGAACCGCAACCGCCUCCUGGAGAAAGAGAUGGAGGACUUCUUCUCCACUCUGGGUGAUCUAGCUCUGAGCACGAGGACAAGCAACAUUUGAUGAAACACAGUGUUUGAUUUGAAGCCAACUCUGUGGGGGACCUAUACAAUUCUGUGUGCAUUAUUAAUAUAACAAAAUAUGUGAAAAAUGUUGCACAUUUCCAAUAAACGUGAACCCGAUGUGUGGAUUUACAGAAAUUCUUUAAGGAAAUGUUUCUCUUGUUAGGAAGUUCUCCUUUCAUGUUAAUAUAAAGAAGGUGCUCCUUUGAUGAAAUCACUCUCAGUCCAGGGUUUUCUAGUUUGUGCAACAUUUCAGUCCCAAAUCUGCUAAAACUGUUGAAUCGUCAGAAACGCCAGAUUAACACCUUUCUCAUAGCCUUAAACUCUAAAGGAUAACAGCCUCAGGUUGGACAAACAGAAUUUAACAAAAGGCAUCGGUGUCAGGUGGAGCGUUAGGCUAACCCCUAUUUCACACUGGAAGCAUUAGCGGCGCGGAACGUCGCUGCUUCACAUAGAAUCCAUUAUAGUGUAUGGGGGUUUCAAAUCAGCCAUGAUUUGGCCAUUUUCAGGCUCAGAAGCGGCAUGUCGUGCCACGCCAUUUAAGAUAAGAUCAGGUUCUAUAUUUGCCAUGAGCUGCUUUUGGGACACAUCAAUUCCCACAGUUAACAUAGGGCUAGACAUGAAAUCACACAGUUUCAGUGUAAAAUCCUUGGUAAUUUGCAAUACAAAAGUACUGCAGCGAUGCGAUUUCAGCUGUGUGUUUUACAUGGCUUUAAUCCUGAUAGUGGAGAGGAACAUCAUCAUAUAUGACAUCAUCCAGCGAUUUCAAACAUGAUCGCUUCUUUUUGGUUUAAUGGCAGAUUGCAUUAACAAACUGUGCCCUUUGAAUUCUCAAGGGAUCUCGUGAUCCCGCGAGUCCAGCGAGGAAGCCGUUCCACAGUCAAGACUCUCCCAGUGUGUACUGGACCACAAUGAAGCUCGCGAGUAAAACGUAGGGACAGCAGUCGAAGAUUAGAAGUUGUAUUGUCCCGUGAUCAGAUACCAACGACGUCCCAUGAGAAACAUUUUUAAGUAAAAUGUGUGGUGCAUUUGGUCAGAAGGGUUAUCUAAUAGAAAAAUCAAGUAAAACAUUUGCUUGAACCAUAAUAAAAUCUUUGGUACACGUUAGUGGUGUGAGGUGAACGAGUCAAGCUUUUCUUUGUCACAAAGCACUUGAUUUUUUUUCUGUCUUUUCUUUUUUAUGGCAGUUGGACAACAGCAAAUGUACAAAAAUGUUGUAUCCACUUUUAGAUCAUUGAUGAUCACAUGUGACUAACGUAUUCCUUCUCUGGUUCCCUGCACCCAUCCCUGACACUUGCACAUCGAUGGCCCGGUACAAAUAUUAGCACCGUUAACACCCUUGCACGUUUUACGUGGGAAACGUUUGUGUUACAGACCACAGACUGACUUCAUCUCUAGAUUAAACAACCAUCUAAGUGUUUACAAAAUAACAUUAGAAUGAGCAGCUGAGAUACUUUGAAGCAAUAGUUUAACAUUUAGAAAACAAUUGGCUUUCACGUUUACCACCAUCUAUGUCUGGAUACAGGGGAUGCCUCCUUUGAGGACCACAUUUGAAGGCUGAUUACGCCACAGCAAUGAAGGCUGUCACAAUUUCAAGGCUUUUUUCGUUUGUAGCCUACAAAUGCUUCUUUCUUUUCCUCAGAUUUAAAGGACAGGUCUGGUGUAUCCUUCGUGGCCUACGCUAUCCCAAGAUUCAUUCCAGGCCGAACGGGAGAUUUCAGUUCUUGUGUUGAUGGUGGAUGAAGUGGGAGAGGAUUACAGUAUUAAAUAAUAAAAAAUGGGGGUGAAAUGUUAAAAAUUAGUUGCGUUAUUGGACUUUUGUUGUUUGUUUCAUAUGCUGGCUACAACAGUAAAGCUGCUGUUGCUCCUUUGAGGAUAAACUAUGAAAAAAGCUCAGCAAAGUUUCGAAUUUUGUUUUGACUCACUUCCGUCUCGUCUCGUCUCGUCUUCCUCCGCUUAUCCGGGUCCGGGUCGCGGGGGCAGCAUCCCAACUAGGGAGCUCCAGGCCGUCCUCUCCCCGGCCUUGUCCACCAGCUCCUCCGGCAGGACCCCAAGGCGUUCCCGGACCAGAUUGGAGAUGUAACCUCUCCAACGUGUCCUGGGUCGACCCGGGGGCCUUCUGCCGGCAGGACAUGCCCGAAACACCUCCCCGGGGAGGCGUCCAGGAGGCAUCCUGACCAGAUGCCCAAACCACCUCAACUGGCUCCUUUCGAUCCGGAGGAGCAGCGGUUCUACUCCGAGUCCCUCCCGAAUGUCCGAGCUCCUCACCCUAUCUCUAAGGCUGAGCCCGGCCACCCUACGGAGGAAACUCAUUUCGGCCGCUUGUAUCCGCGAUCUCGUUCUUUCGGUCAUUACCCAAAGCUCAUGACCAUAGGUGAGGAUUGGGACGUAGAUCGACCGGUAAAUCGAGAGCCUGGCUUUCUGGCUCAGCUCCCUCUUCCCCACGACAGAUCGGCUCAGCGUCUGCAUCACUGCAGACGCCGAACCAAUCCGCCUGUCGAUCUCCCGAUCCCUCCUACCCUCACUCGUGAACAAGACCCCGAGAUACUUAAACUCCUCCACUUGAGGUAGGACCUCUCCCCCGACCCGGAGGUGGCAAGCCACCCUUUUCCGGUCGAGAACCAUGGUCUCAGAUUUGGAGGUGCUGAUCCUCAUCCCAGCCGCUUCACAUUCGGCCGCGAACCUACCCAGCAAGAGCUGAAGGUCAGAGCUGGAUGAAGCUAGGAGGACCACAUCAUCCGCAAAAAGCAGAGACGAGAUUCUCCUGCCACCAAACUCGACACACUCCACACCACGGCUGCGUCUAGAAAUUCUGUCCAUAAAAGUGAUGAACAGAACCGGUGACAAAGGGCAGCCCUGGCGGAGUCCAACCCUCACUGGGAACAGGUCCGACUUACUACCGGCUAUGCGGACCAAACUCACGCUCCUCUGGUAAAGGGACUGAAUGGCCCUUAACAGAAAGCCACCCACCCCAUACUCCUGGAGUGUCCCCCACAGGGUGCCCCUGGGGACACGGUCAUAAGCCUUCUCCAAAUCCACAAAACACACUUCCAUUUAGCUUAUUCAUGGUUGCUAGGCAACAUGACAUACACCAAAAUAAGGGCACGAAUAAACAUGAAGGCUAGAUUUCACAGCCGCUUAUGAUCUCCCCAGUCAAUGAAGAACCAGGCUUACGCUGACAGUGUAGGAUGGGUCCUUUGAAGGAUGCAGCCUCUGAAUUUAGACACAACCACAGUCUACCUGUAGAAGUUGCAUGGAGCUAGCUGGUAUUUAAGUGCUAGCCUACAAAACAAAACCUCAGACAGCAAAAUGGCAUGCAACAUCUUAUUAGCAUUGUGCCAUGAGCACAACCAGAAAGGUUCUAACAACAACUUUAACAGGGAAAUAAUGGCCCAUUUGACAUCAAAGCUAACUUAGCGUUUAGCAACUGGAUUUUUUUAACCACACUUAAAACUUUAAAUUCUGGAAAAUUGUCAGCUCUAUUUUGCACUACCAGGUCAGUUUGUGCUUGUGAGUGUGUGACAGCUAAAUGAAAAGAAUCUGAUGGGCAUCUCUAGGUGAACAGACUCUAAACACAGCAGGACCUUUAGCAGUCCUUCCUGUUUUUAUUCUAUCUGCCUCCAUUUAUACUGCAAGCAUUUUUAUCAAGACUGAAUGUAAAAUUCAAUUUUGUACAUUUUAACAAAAUCAGUUUUCACAGAACAAGAUGUUCUCGUUUUUUUAUCUCAUGAAAAAACAAACUGAAUAAUGCAAAGGACUUUAGCCAUAGUUGCCUCAAACCCGUCCUAGUUCUCAGGCUACCCCACACUGACCACCUUCAUCUCCAUCUAAGUCCAUUUGAUGGCAAAACCUCAAUCUUCAUCAUCCUCACUGAUGCCAUAACAGCCAAUUAGUUCCUUACAUCCUGAGGCCUGACUCAUUUACCAAACCCUAAAUAUCACAGCUGGACUGCUUCAGCUGUUCACCCACAGGACAUCAGAACCAGCUGCUAGAAAACCCACAACCAAUCAGAAGGAGCUGCUCAGAAGCCAUGCUGACUUUGGCACAUGAAGCUGAACACUGCCCUUAGAGAAACAAUGGAGCUUCCUGGUUAUGCCUUCAGGGAAGUGCUUUUAAAUGUAAAAAUAACAAUGUCUUGAUGCUUGCCUGUGCAGCGAUGUGAAUAUAUGUGAACCACUAGUACACAGGGGCAGUGAUGACUUGUGAUUUUGAAAUGAACUGAUGUUACUGAACACAUUAUUGGUGCCAACUCUUGUGCUGAUCAUGUGAACUGAAUGAAAUUUCUGCUUUCAGAAUGUGUCUUUAUCGUGAAUGUGAUAUUAACAAAACCAGCCCUGGGAAAGAAAUAUUCAACAGAAAGAAACAUUUUUAUUAGAUUAAUCUGACUGCAAAACAGGGUACCGUUGAUCAUGUGAGGACGUUUGUUGCAAUGUAACCCAGUUAGCUAGAAAUUUAUUUUAGAAUGGAUCUUGUAAGAAUUGCAUGUGAUAAAUACUUUAUCAAUUAAUCACCAAUCAGAAAAAUGUAAAGAAAUGUCAGCAACAGUUAUAUCUUAAAGAACCCUUAGAUCAGUGUGGUGUUAUAUGAAAGUGUGCUUUUGACUGGACACUGUAACCCAUGCGUUUGAUUCCACCCUCUUCAUUUUUUGGUGGCUCAGGUUUAGAGACAUUCAUCUCAUGGCUACAGUGCUCGUCUCUUCUUCCCAUCCAUGGUGCUUAUUAUGAACUUCCAUUGUUGUAAUUAAGUGCAGCGAUUCAGAAUAAAGCUGGUAAAUAGAGACAGUGGUGACCUCGAAUGUUUGAAAUGGAAAACGAACAUCCUUCGUUCAUAAUUGACUAAGUUUAUUUUCAGAAGUGUAAAAAAGGUAAAAGGUAAGUUUGGUCUCAAAGAAAAUAUUUUUACACAAUUCUGUGGUGUGUUUCUGUGAAAAAUAACUGUUCCUACAAACUGAAGAAACAUUGGCAUUCCACCUGGAUGUAUCCUUAGCCCCCUCCAAUUCACAAUACUUACACAAGGGUUUUCUGUAAACUAUCCAGGCAGUUUUAUCAUGAAGUUAGCUGAUGACACCUACGUUUUUGGUUUGAUUUCUACCAACUAGGAGUCUAUAAGAGUGAAGAGUAAGAGCUUGCAGACUAGUCUGAAGCACCAGUGUGGCAAAUAUGAAAUAAGACCGUGGAUUCAGGUGACAACAGUAUUAUCUUUGGGUCUUAAGAUAUCCACUGACUUUACAUUGACCACGAACACAACAAGUAUCAUUCAAGUGGCAGUGUAUAGUUUCCUGCAGUUAGGGUGCAGUACAUAUGUACAUUUCAGAGUAGCUUUACAACAUAUCGCUGUGACCGUCGCUAGUUUAAGAAAACAUUACAGUAAAUGUUACCUGUGGAGCAAAGGUUCCUGCACCUGCUGAUUUGUUUGGCCAAAAUAUAUUGCAUCCCUUUUUUGAUUCUGUACUUUCACGUUUAGAAAGUGUUUAGCUGUUUCGUUAUUAAUUUCAUGUUUCUUACUGUUGAAAUGUUUUUGAACGUGACAACGUAACUUCCGUAAGUCGUACGUCCAACCAAUCAUCUAGUGUGACGUCACAGACAUGCACAAGACCCCGAGCCAGCCAGAAGGAAACAUGGAAACAAAGACGCUAGACCUGCACCCUAUGUACUUUAGACCCAAUUUUGAUGGUUGUGUGUCACAAAGCCGCCAAUAUUUUUCCAACGACUGGACAUCAUUUUAUUAAUUUUCAAAGUUCAAAUGGAUAUCUCCAGAGAUCAAAGGUAAAAACUACACAUCGUCUCUUAAAAAUGAUGACACUCAUCCAACCUAUGGACUAUUCACCCUUUUAUUCAGGCAGAAGACUGAGCAGCUUCUGUGGCAAAGAAAGCUUACUCUGAGACUUCUGAACUCUGACGCAUCAGCAUUCUUCAUCGUUUCCUUCAGUAUUUUAGACAUCUGUGACUUUGCGUCAUAACACCUUUGAUGUAUAGACGUGAAGCUGGAUUAUUUUCGUAUUCCUGACAAAAUAUUCUUUCAAUGACAACUGACUACAAUGCAAAUGUGUAGGUUUCAGAGACGCACUUCAAAACAGCCUCAAAUUGUCUUUAACUUGGUAACAAAAACACAAACCUCAUAAAAGAAAGACACACUCACCAAAUAAAGUGUAUUUCUUUAAUGUGCAGUACAUUUUUCAGAGGUGGCACUGAAUUCCAAGUGCCUAUUCUUUAUUUUCAUUGGUUGCAGUUGAUGUGCAGAUCCAGAAAUUCUAACUAGUAGCAUGGCUGAAAUCUCUAGCAAAUAUUACAAACCAGCACCAUAAAAUAACGUGACUCCUUGUAGGUAUUUACUCACUUGUUUGUGUUUCUUAACAUACUAAUAACCCUUAGAUUACCAUAAUAACAAAAAGUCAGACCAGUGUGAGUGAAAUAAACUGGCUGAAAUUUUUUAGGGUAAGACCGAAUAUGUAACAUCAUAACUAUAAAAAAAAUCACAGAAAUUAAAAUUGAUCUUAUUCAUAAAAAAGGAAAACAUGGAUCGACAGUACCAAACUUUUUUUUUUACCUUCAGAGGACAGCUAACACAGGCUAAGCCCAUCACGUAAAACUAGCAGUUUGCUGAAGGUAUUGCACAUUUAGGUAAAAAAAAAAAAAAAUUAACAAAAGAAAAAAAUAAAGAGAACUAGAAA